AUGUUUGUUUACAGCUUACUGCUCUUGGUGGGACAAUUGAGCCUCGUUGCGGCUCAGGCACUCCCUUUCACCUUUACGGGCUUCAUUGAAAGGUAUGUUAUACAGCAAUUCCGAAACAGGCUAUUGUGUUAAUGAAUUCAGUGCAUCACCAAAUUCAGGGUCGGCUGCCAAUCGUGGUGGCACAGUCAAGAUAUCUGGAUAUACAAUCACAAUUCCAGAUAAUCUUUUAGUUGAAUUCCCAGCUGCCAUCGUUCCAUUUGCCGAAUUUUCGGAAGGCAAUAAACCAGGCCAAAAUGAGGUUACUGUAUGUACCUCUAGCAAUGAUUAUCUCAUGAAUUGUGGAUUUAACACAAUUUCUAUUUAGGUCACCGGAAAUGUUGUCAACGACAACUUCAUCGCAGGUCAAAUGACUUAUAACCAGGUUGAUGCGGCCUUCGCUUCUGGUGUCAUCAAAUCGCUCGGCUUUGAUGGCAGUAUUGUGAUCGAGAACGGUCCCACCCUACGUAUCAAUGACCCCAAUGCCAAAUAUAGUGCUGGUUUUGAUUCAAUUCCUCUCUUCACUGCGGACGAUGAGAAUCCUUCCAUCACAAGUUUCAGCGGCUUUCCAGUUUGUGUUCCUAGAAGUGCUAAUGAUCCAAAAUGUCCUUCUGCCAAUCGACCUCCUGCUGGUUCUCGGUUAGUUGGAUUUUCCUAAAUUGAUAGCCAAAAUCAUGCUAAUUGAGAAAUCCAGUGUCAUCUCCGAUGCUCUGCACAUGGCUCCCCUCAAAGUCGGUGAUUACAUAGAGUACUCUGGGAUUCAGUUUGGUGGCCAGACGAUCGUCUAUAACCUUGUUGCAAAUAUUGAUAUCACAACAAGUGGAAGCCAGCCAGGGUUUAUACGAGUAGAAGAUGCCAUCAUUGGGGUUGCAAAUGCAGACCCCAAUGUCGAAGCUGCACGCGCCAAAGUAAUUCUCCAUUCCUUCCUUCUCGGUAAAGUCUCUCAUACUGACUACAUCACAGUUCACUGGUCUAGCCUCUCGCUCAGAUCUUCUCGUUCGAAUCUUCGCCAUCGACGAAGAUCCCUGCACAGGAGAAGUCGUCGAUCGUCUCCUCACCACCACCACGCCCGACGGAGCAGCCAGAAACAAAUGGAAGGUAGAAAUAGCCCGAGGCACAAACAUCGGACUCUACACUCGCAACUACCGCAUCAAAAUCGGUGAUACCACUACACAGACUACCGAUGGUAUUCUUGCAGGCCAAUAUGUUCAACCCGUUACCGAAUGGAUCUUCCCAGAGCUAGUCACACCAGGUGGAGCACCUCCACCAAAUGACUUUUCCAACAUCGGUCCCCUCGCGAAUGGAUUUGGAUUUGUCGACGGCGUACUUUUCGGACAACUCAAGCCCUGGCCUGGAUCGAAUGCCCCCGUGCCAGCCAAAACGAACUGCCAACCUCCCUCAGCUACAACUUCCACAGCACCCACCUCCACAGACCCCAUACAAAUCAAGGCCGACGCUGGCGCAGACGUAAAAGCCCUCGGCGGCGUCUCUCUCCUCCUCACCGCAAAACAAACUGGCGACAACGUCCCAGACUCCUCUCUUACCUACGCCUGGACCCAACUACCAGGCUCACCAACAGUAACCCUCACCAACGCAAACACCGCCAACGCGCGCAUCACCCUCCCCAAGCUCUCCGGCGCCUCCGUCCCACGAACCUUCCAAGUCGUAAUAACCCACACGCCCUCGGGGACCAAAACCAACGACACGGUUAUCAUCACCUCCUUCGCUCCCAGCAACAACGUCUUCGAUCACCCCGUGAUCGAUAGUCUGACCUGGGCGUCUCGACAAAGCGGGUCUGCGACUGCAGCCGCGCAUUCGGAUCUGGUGGACGCGACGGCGACGAUGACGAUUAGGUUUAGUAGUGAGACGACGGAGCGGCAGAUGACGAGGGGAGUGGUUGGUGAGGGGGUUGUGUCGUAUAGCUUUCCUGCUGUGGGGGCGAGGAUUACGAUUCCGAGGUAUACUAGUGCGACUAUUAGGAGUUAUCUUGGGGGUGCGGCGGUGGGGGGACCGGUUGUGGUUUCUAGUAAUGUUGGAUAG